UUAAAAUCUUCAGUACACUUCCAGUAAACUACCGUGGAUGGUAAAAAUUAUAUUACAUUCUACAAAAGUAAUUGUGUAUUUUUCAGUUUUUUGUUCCAAUUCCAGCAGAGCUGGAAAAAAAAUAGUGUGAUUAUAUAGUGUGAAGUGUGCAAAAGAAAAAAGGCCGUUUUUUCAUUUGAAAUAACUGUUCCUUAUUUUUUCUCUCUCGACAAAAAGUGAUUUUAAAAAUUAAAAAUGCAAGGCUAUCAUCAAAGGAGUUUUGAAACUCAACGAGAUCAAAGGGAGGAAGAGACCAUUGUUGUGGAUAUAGUGCCACCUCAAUAUCAUAUACACAGCACCCCACCUAAUAGUCCUCCAAUCAAUCAAUGCAUCAAAUCUGAUAAAGAAGUUUCAAAUCAGGAGAAGCAAUCACAACAACAACAGCAACAAACACUGAACAAUAUGGAUCCAAAUAUGCGAAGAUACAGAACCGCAUUCACCCGGGAACAAUUAAAUCGACUGGAGAAGGAGUUCCUUAGGGAAAAUUACGUCAGUAGACCCAGAAGAUGUGAGCUAGCGACACAACUUCAACUUCCCGAAUCUACGAUAAAGGUAUGGUUUCAAAAUCGUCGUAUGAAGGAUAAACGACAAAGAAUGGCAUUGGCAUGGCCCUAUAUGGAUCCAAAUUUUGCUGCAACAUUGGCAACAAUAGCCGCCGCUUCAACAUUACAACAUCCAGCGUAUCCAACGCCAGGCGGUGGUAUUCAUCUCAACUAUCCUGCAUUACCAACGGCGGCAUAUUAUGGAACUCGAUUUUCUCCUUAUGGUGGUGGUGCUGCGCCAACAACAAACGCAGCAUCCUUGCCUAGGCCACACCUCCAGUCAUCGACUUAUCCUCAUCAUCCACAUAUUCUACAGUCCCACCAUAAUUUACCGCCCCUCCAUUUACCGGGAUUAGGCGUGCCAAAUAUUGGUAACACACCUUAUAUGAGUCCACCAUUAUCACAAGUUGGUGGAACGCCAACAUAUAGGCCGCCAACAACAAUAUUACCAUCAGAAAUGAGUCCAAUACAUUCUGAUGCAUCGAGCGAUUGCGAUUGUUCAAAUUCAAUUCAUCAACAUGGCGUAUGUCAUCAUAUAUCAACACGUGAUAAAACAAUAUCACCACCAUUAAAACCAAUUGCAUUAUCAAGUAUUGCAACAACGCCAAUUCAUCAGGCAAUGCAUCAAAAUUUAUAUGAAACAAAAUCAAUUAAUGAUUAUGGAAUGGGUUUAACAACAUCGUCGCCAACAUUACAAAAAAGUAUUAAAAUUGAACCACCAAAAUUAUUUCAACCAUACAAAAAUGAUAUCACGGAGAAAGCAUAGACUUAGAUAGAGAAGAAAAAAUAGGUAUUUUUUUUUUUUUUUGUUAUUUGUUGGCUGUUGUGCAAUAAUUUUAAAUUGGAAAUUCUCAAUAAUUAAGAGAGAAAAAAAUUUCCUUUCCAAAGGAAUACACCAUUUUGUUGGUAGUUUUUUUUCAUAAUUUUGAAAAAAUUUAUUUUAGAAGUUUCUUUAAAAAAAAAAAUUCUGUUUCUAUUUCUUUUUUACUUUCAAUGUUUUUCUUCGUAUUCUCAUUAUUAUCGUUAAUUCUAUUUUUCAAAUCAU